AUGAUGCUCGAACAGCUGGAAGAAUCUCACCAGGCCUUUCGCAGCGAACAUGCCUGGUUGGUUUCGCACUGGCCUCCCGCUCAUCCUGACCACGCAUACUUUACCCGCAAGACCAACCUUGUCGAGUCCAAGUUGGUACUCAAGGUAAAGCGACAUCUCGGGCGUCUCCAAGACAAACUCACUCAGCCCGCUCAACCUGCCGUCUCGACUGAAGCCACCUCAAGAGUCCGCUCACGUUUACCAGAGCUCACGGUGCCGAAGUUCUCCGGUGAGUGCCGCCUGUGGCCGGACUUCAAGGCCAUGUUCACUUCGGUCAUUGGGUCCAGCAAGGAUCUCAGCGAGCUGGAAAAGUUCCAGUACUUGAAAUCGGCAGUGGAAGGCGAUGCCGCGGAUCUCAUCUCCAACCUCGCUCCCUCAGACGGCUCUUUCAACUCAGCCUGGCUCCUGCUCAUCGCGAGAUACGAGAACAAGAGGCUUAUUGUGAAAUCUCAUCUCGAGAGAGUCUUGGCGCUCAAGCCGAUGCAGAAGAGGCAAGCCAGCUCAUUGACCAAGAUGGUCAAUAUCAUCAACCAGACCACUCAGGCUCUCGCGACUCUCACAAAUGAGACCAAUAAUGAUUGUCUCAUGGUCACGAUCGUCUCAAAUCUGCUCGACUCAGACACUCGUGAGAAGUGGGAAACUUCCUUAGUCUCGUCUACUGAAUUUCCCACCCUCGGUCAGCUCACGAACUUCCUCAUUGCUCGUGCUCGUACCUUGGACAGCAUGGAAGACGACUCAACGAAGGCUCAGGUCUCGCAGGCGAAGGGUGCUGUGCCAAAACGCAGUGCUGGCCAUCACGAAAGCUCAUCGAGGACUCAAGCGAGCUCAUCAAAGACUCCGCAGACAGCUCAAGGGUCCACGCAGUCAGCUCCUGCCUCGUCGCUCUCAUCAGGCUAUCCUUGCGACAGCUGCAAGCAGGACCAUUUCAUAGUGGUCUGUCCACGCUUCCGAGGCCUCUCAAUGGAACAUCGAGUUCAGCUCAUCAAGGAGAGAAGCCUGUGCUGCAAUUGUUUAGGGAGGCACAACAUGAGAAAAUGCAACAGCAAGAGGCUCUGCAAAACUUGCAACGGAUCUCACCAUACGAUGCUGCACGGUGCUGACCUCUCAUCCGUCUUCACCUCUCCUGCUACAGCUCGGACCACUCAAGAAACGCCGUCAACCUCUGCAGCCUCGCACUCGGCAUGA